UCGCCGCCGCUCUCCUUAAUACCCACAGGCCACAGCCACCGGAACAAGCGAGGCAGCAGUCACCCGCAACCUCCUCGUCUCCACCUCGGCCGCUGCUGCAAUGGCGACGGCGCCGGCGACCCUCUCGCUCUCCUCCGCCGCGUUGCCGGCGCGCCUACGCGUCGGGCGGGCGGGGCCGGCGGCGGCGCUGGUGGCCUCCGCGCGGCGGCGGGGGAGGAUGGUGGUGCGGGCCAAGAUCCGGGAGAUCUUCAUGCCGGCGCUCAGCUCCACCAUGACGGAGGGGAAGAUAGUCUCCUGGACGGCCGCCGAGGGGGACCGCGUCAGCAAGGGGGACGCCGUGGUGGUCGUCGAGUCCGACAAGGCCGACAUGGACGUCGAGACGUUCCACGACGGCAUCGUCGCGGCCGUGCUCGUCCCCGCCGGGGAGUCCGCCCCCGUCGGGGCCCCCAUCGCGCUGCUCGCGGAGUCCGAGGAGGAGGUCCAGGCCGCCCUCGCCAAGGCCCAAGAGCUCUCCAAGGGCCAGCCGCAGCAGGCCCCUCCACCGUCCGAUUCCGCUGAGCCGCCGCCGCCUCCUCCGCCCGCGGCUGCUCCAGCCGCUGCUCCCGCACCGGUGGCAGCUGGCACGAAGGGCAUUGCCACCCCGCAAGCUAAGAAGCUUGCCAAGCAGCACAGGGUGGACCUCGCUAAGGUGACUGGCACUGGGCCGUUCGGACGAAUUACGCCGGGCGACGUUGAGGCUGCCGCUGGCAUCCAACCGAAACCUAAGGUUGCUCCUGCUGCCACUGCGGCUCUUUCUGCUCCGGUGAUUGGGGCCGUUCCACAGGCGGCGGUGCUUCCUCCAGUGCCCGGUGCAACGGUGGUUCCAUUCACCGGUAUGCAGGCUGCAGUGAGCAAGAACAUGGUGGAGAGCCUCUCGGUGCCAGCAUUCCGUGUGGGAUACCCAAUCGUGACCGAUAAGCUCGAUGCGCUAUAUGAGAAGGUCAAGUCAAAGGGGGUGACCAUGACGGUUCUGCUGGCAAAGGCUGCAGCUAUGGCGCUUGCGCAGCAUCCUGUGGUGAACGCUAGCUGCAGGGAUGGGAAGAGCUUCACUUACAACAGCAACAUCAACAUUGCGGUGGCCGUCGCAAUUGAUGGUGGACUCAUUACACCUGUUCUGGAGGAUGCUGAUAAGCUGGAUAUAUAUUUGCUCUCACAAAAAUGGAAGGAACUAGUCAAGAAGGCUCGUGCAAAACAGCUCCAACCAAAUGAAUACAGCUCUGGGACAUUUACACUAUCAAACUUGGGUAUGUUUGGUGUAGAUAGGUUUGAUGCAAUUCUUCCACCUGGCCAGGGAGGCAUAAUGGCUGUUGGAGCCUCAAAACCUACAGUGGUAGCUGAUAAAGAUGGUUUCUUUAGUGUCAAGAGCAAAAUGCUGGUCAAUGUCACUGCGGAUCACAGAAUUGUAUAUGGUGCUGAUCUGGCAGCAUUCCUGCAAACUUUUGCAAAGAUUAUUGAGGAUCCUGAGAGCUUAACUUUGUAAGAUUUCCUUGGAAAUGUCGUCUAUCUUCACCAAUCAUUAGCUUGAUUCCUAUGGAGGUCUAUUGCCGAAUACCAUUUUUGUAUCUUUAAUAACUCAGUGGAUAUUACUUUUCAGUUGUAUGUGCCAGUUUUUUCCUCUGAAUGUUGGGUACUGUUGAGAGAUGAUACAAUUAUGUUUCGGAGAGCAAUAAGCUAUAAUUGUAGAAUAGUUUGGUAAUUAUAAUUCUCUACAAUUCAGUA